UUUGUUUACAGCUGCUGCCAGCUUGCUGGACUAGUGUUUACACUGUUUACAGAGAAUUUGCAAAAGUCCCUAUCAGUCUCGGCGUGUCAAAAAAUUGUAGUUUUUUUCUUUGAAUUCCACAAAAUUCAUCAUUUCCUACGAUGCCAGUCGCAGAUGGAAACAUAACAAGCUGGGCGGAUGAAGUUGAUGAUAUUGAAGAGAAGAAAUCCAUCCCACCUCCAACAGAAGUGAUAGAAAAUGGGUUGAAAAUAGUCACAGAAUAUCAAUACAAGGAUGAUAAGCUACUCAAAGUGGUCCGAACAUACAAAAUUGAAAACCGUAAGGUACCAAAGAGUAUUGCUGUUCGUAAAACGUUGAAGAAAUUUGGGAAAUCGACAAAUGACAAGCCCGGUCCAAACCCAGCAACAACACUAAUUGGUGAAGAUGUUCACAUGCAGUUCAUCACAAACAAAGAGGAAAUCGACAAACCAGAUGAUGAUACUCUGGAGAAACUGAAGAAUGCAGGAGGUGUUGUGAAAUGUAGGAACUGUAAUGGAGACCAUUGGACCCUGAAAUGUCCGUACAAAGGAUCUGCUCUGGUCAACCGACAAGAAGAGAAGAAAAUUGUCCCUGGCUUGGAUGACAAAACCAAACCAGCAGCAGGGAAAUACAUUCCACCUAGCCUUCGAGAAGGCGCACUCAAAAAGGAAGGAGGAGCAACCAUGCAGCGUCCUGGUUUGGACGGCACUGCCAUUCGUAUUUCUAACUUGUCAGAAAGCACAGAGGAACAAGAUCUUGAGCAACUGGUGAAACCAUUCGGACAGACAAGCAAGCUGUUCUUGGCCAGAGACAAGAUUACCAACUUGUGCAAAGGAUUUGCGUACGUGCAUUUCAAGAACAAGGAGGAUGGAGAAAGGGCGAUAGCAAAACUCAACGGUUAUGGAUACGAUCAUUUGAUCUUAAGUGCCGACUGGUCAAAACCACAAGGACAGAAUUAAUUGUUGUUUUUUAUUUGUAAUUAUACAUUUUUAUUAUCUUUGUAAGUUAGGCUUCUUUUGCAUAAACUUAUUUUACUGAA